GCGACGUGGAGCGGAGCGGUGCGGGCCGUGGCGGUGGCGGCGGUGGUGGCACAGCCAUGUGGGUGGCGGCGCUGGCGGCGCUGCUGGCGGCGGCGGGCGCGCAGUACGAGCGCUACAGCUUCCGCAGCUUCCCGCGGGACGAGCUGAUGCCGCUGGAGUCGGCCUAUCGCUACGGGCUGGACCAGUACAGCACCGAGAACUGGCCCGAGAGCGUCAGCUACCUGGAGGUCAGCAUGCGGCUGUACCGCCUGCUGCGCGACAGCGAGGCGUUCUGCCACCGCAACUGCAGCGCCGCCGGGCAUUCUCCUCCCGCGUCCCCCGCACCAGCGGGCGCGGAGCUGCAGGAGCUGCGCCUCCUGUCCGGGGUGCUGCGGAGGGCGCAGUGUCUGCGGCGCUGCAAGCAGGGGCUGCCCGCUUUCCGCCAGGCGCAGCCCGGCCGCGACCUGCUCGAGGAGUUCCAGCGCCGCGAGCCCUACAAGUACCUGCAGUUCGCCUACUUCAAGGCUAAUAAUCUUCCAAAAGCUAUUGCAGCAGCUCACACGUUUCUUCUGAAACAUCCGGAUGAUGAUAUGAUGCAAAGAAAUAUGGCCUACUAUAAGAGCAUACCUGAUGCUGAGGAGCAUAUYAAAGACUUGGAGACAAAGCCUUAUGAGAAUCUCUUUGUCAGGGCUGUGAGAGCCUACAAUGGUGACAAUUGGCGAACRUCCAUCUCCGACAUGGAACUGGCUCUUCCUGAUUUCUUCAAAGCCUACGAUGACUGCACAGCAGCCUGUGAAGGCUCCCGAGAGAUCACAGAUUUUAAAGACUUCUAUCUUUCCAUUGCAGAUCAUUAUAUCGAAGUCCUUGCAUGCAAAGUGCAGUGUGAGAGCAAUCUGACACCCAUUAUAGGAGGCUUUGUUGUUGAAAAAUUUGUGGCCACCAUGUACCAUUACUUGCAGUUUGCAUAUUAUAAAUUGAAUGACAUGAARAAUGCAGCUUCCUGUGCUGCUAGUUACCUCCUGUUUGAUGAGAAAGAUGAAGUAAUGAAACAGAACAUGGUCUAUUACCAGUACCACAAAGACAAAUGGGGACUUACAGAAGAGGAUUUUCAGCCCAGAUCGGAGGCAGUUCGAUACCACAACAUAACCACACUCCAGCUGGAAAUGUAUGAAUUCGCGAAGGAGCAUCUGAUGGAUGAUGAUGAGGGCGAAGUUGUGGAAUUCCUUGAUGAGCUGCUAGAAGUGGAGGAAAAGAAGGAAUCCUGAAGAGUGAAACCACCACGAAGUAUUUUACAGCAGUGGACUCACCGUUGCUCCUUACUAUUGUUUUUUUAUCACCUAUAGUUCCAGUUAGAUAUACCUCAAAGGUGCUUUUUUAAGCUGCACCUUUUGUCCCAAGACCCACUCCUGAAAGGUCACUUCCAUGCUGCACUGACUCCUCCGUGGGCAUGGCUUUUCACUGUGCAGAACUGGUGCAUAUGAGUUUCCCCCUUGAGCUUUCUUUCCUUUACAGAAACACAACUGAACAGACUGUUUCUGUUUUCUGGGAUGACACUAAGGUUUCUCACUUUGGUGCUGUUCUACUAAGUUGUAGCAGUACAGCUAAAUUCUCAAGAACUUUUGUCGGAUUAUGAACUAUGGAAGACAUAAUGGUUCCUCUUUCUGAGCUAUGAGUUGUAUUAUUUAUGUAUGUCUUUUUAUGUGAUGGUGAAUAAAGUGAUAAUGAAUUCCAGCRAAAGAUAUUAAGGUACAUUUAAACAGCUGAAAUAAUGUGAUUUAAAAAGCACAACUAGUGAUCUUGUAAACAUUGCUUAAAGAAUUCUGGAAGCAGUGUUGAUCUUUCUUGAAAACUAAGUUAAAUCCCAUUAUAUGAAACCGAGAAUAAAAAUAAUUUUUUUCUUCCUA